CCGAAGAGGCAGCGAGCUGGGCGCUGGGGCCAAGCUGGGGUUGGGGCGGGGGGCGUUUCUCCGAAGGGGCGGCCGCCUAUUCCGGUGAGAUCCGGCGGGCCGAUCGGCGGCUUUCCAAGUUCGGAGUUUCUUUUAGGACCCUGGGAGAAAUUAUAGGAAAAUAAACGGUGUCUUUUCCUAGCAGACAAGCGGGAAGGAAUCGAGGCUUGAUCCGGCUCUCGUGAGCAAACUUCCUACUGCUGGGGAAAGAAAGAGAAGAACAGAAGGAGAAAGGGCGAGGCGGCUAGGGAAGGAACUGCUGUUGGCUGGCCCCGACUUCGGACGGUACGAUGCUAUCUAACUCCCAGAACCAGAACCCCCAGGUACUUUUCCCCAAUCCGCCGCCGCCUCCCCCGCCGCCGGUCCAGCCACCACCCCAACAGCCACAGUUGGCCCAACAACAACAGUUUCCCCAGUUUCAUAUCAAGUCCGGCCUUCAGAUCAAGAAAAAUGCCAUCACGGAUGACUACAAGGUCACCACGCAAGUGCUAGGGCUGGGGAUUAAUGGGAAAGUUUUGGAAAUCUUUAACAAGAGAACUUCAGAGAAAUUUGCUCUGAAGAUGCUGCAAGACUGUCCGAAAGCUCGCAGAGAGGUGGAACUCCACUGGAGGGCAUCUCAGUGUGCCCAUAUUGUGAAAAUUAUAGAUGUCUAUGAGAAUCUUUACCAGGGUCGAAAAUGUCUCCUGAUAGUCAUGGAAUGCUUGGAUGGUGGAGAGCUCUUCAGUCGAAUUCAAGACCGAGGAGAUCAAGCUUUCACAGAACGAGAGGCUUCUGAAAUAAUGAAGAGCAUUGGAGAAGCCAUUCAGUAUUUACACUCAAUCAACAUUGCGCACCGGGAUGUUAAGCCAGAAAACCUCCUAUACACCUCAAAAAGGCCCAGCGCUGUACUAAAGCUCACAGACUUUGGCUUUGCUAAAGAAACUACCACUCAUAACUCCCUAGCCACACCAUGCUACACACCAUACUACGUGGCCCCAGAGGUGCUAGGACCAGAGAAGUAUGACAAGUCCUGUGAUAUGUGGUCUCUUGGUGUCAUCAUGUAUAUUUUGCUGUGUGGGUAUCCCCCUUUCUAUUCAAAUCACGGCCUGGCCAUUUCUCCUGGCAUGAAGAAACGGAUCCGUAUGGGUCAGUAUGAGUUUCCCAAUCCAGAGUGGUCUGAAGUCUCUGAAGAAGUCAAACAGUUGAUCCGGAAUUUGCUGAAAACAGAUCCAACGCAGCGCAUGACAAUAACAGAGUUUAUGAAUCACCCCUGGAUCAUGCAGUCAAUGCAGGUGCCCCAGACACCACUGCAUACUAGCAGAGUUUUGAAAGAAGAGAAGGACCUAUGGGAAGAUGUCAAAGAGGAGAUGACCAGUGCCUUGGCCACCAUGAGAGUGGAUUAUGAACAAAUCAAGAUAAAGAAAAUUGAAGAUUCAUCUAACCCGUUGCUUAUGAAGAGGCGGAAGAAAGCAAAUCCCCCUGAACCUGCUGCACUCUCUCCAUGAGUGCUCUGUGGAGCCAAGCCUGGUGGUUGUGAAAGCAAUAACUAUAUCUAUAUAUUUUUUAAAUGAAUCAGAGAUGACUGUCAUAUCAAACGCAUGGAAUUCAGGCCUUUGUACCAGACUAGUUAUUUUUUUAGCUGCCACUUGUGGUUCUGACCUUUCUGGGGCCAGGCAGGAGACAGCUGCUCUCUGUACGAUACACACAUUUUUUUUCUUUUGUCUUGUAGGGAAAUAUUUUUGGUAAACUCUGUCCUUAUUUUCCUUUCAGAGACACGGAAAAUCCUGUGGUCACCAUUUUAAGGUUUAUUAUUAAUAUUAAUAAUAUAUAUAUAUUUUUAAAACUACUGUAGAGCUGAAAUCCAGACAGUAAGAGUCCUGUGCUAGGUUUUUAGAAGUAAAGGCUUUCAGUUUGUAUCAGAGAAGAGCCAGGGCUACUGAAGAAAUACUUUGUGAAACAGAAACCUUGGUAAUGCCAUUGCAUUAAUUUAAUAUCAGGAAUUGUUCCUUUGAGGAUUGCUGUUGGGUCUUAAGCUCCAUUUGAAGGUUUUGGAAACAAUCAAUCUUACAUCCAAAGUGCAAGAUGCCUCCUUUAAACUGGAAGCCUUCUGUUUAACUGUGUGUGCGCAGGAUUGCUUUUCUCUUACUCGUGAGUUGUGGAUUACAUGUAAUAAUAUGGUAGGCCGUAUAUUGAGUGUAAGUAUAGGCAGGAAGGCUCCACUUUUGUAUUCUACCCCGAAUGUUUCAGGGGGAGUGGGGAGGGUCUGUGAUGCACCCUAAAUUCUGUUUAUGAUCUCAGGGUACUUGAAGGUGGGGAGAAGAUGUCUGUUGAAUGAAGACAUUGAUGAUUGAUCUCUUUCAUUAGCUGACCCAGCCUUUCUGGAGAAAUGCACCAGAAUAUGUCUUGUCCAUCAUCAUUCAGUGUUCAUGCUAUGAUAUCUUUGUUGGAGCUCAGAAGUUCUUAUAAGAUUGCAGGCUCACAUCUCCACACAAAUGAACAUUGUGUUGUAACUGUACUUAUUGUUUUCCUGUGUAACUGACCAUGGUAGUCCUUGUCUACAACAUCUGAAAACUGCAAGGCUCAAACCUGAGAUAUGCAUCCCACUAGAAUUCAGCUUGGACACAGCAUGGAGCAAAAUCUGCUACCUGCCAUUCUGAAGUAGAAAAUAUUGUAAGAAAUAGAAGCAUUACAAAAUGAGGCUUUGCUGGGAGAAUUUCUUUGGAUUUUAUUUGGCUGAACGACACAACAUGGGAAGAAGCUGGUCAGGAUUCUGCCUAGAAAAUCAAAUAGCCUUGUCUGUGUUUGGAAGAAGGAAAAAUGGCUUCUUUGUGGCUUGCAGACUUCAGCCGGGACUCUCCUCAUCUUCGGUGUAGCAGGAUCUGAGUCCAGUAACACCUUAGAGACCAACAAGAUUUUCAGAGUGUAAGCUUUCGAGAAUCAGAGCUCCCUUCUUUCUUCAGUGUAUUUGCCUGAAGUUGAGCUCUCUUGAGUACAAAUUUCAUUUCUUUCUCUGCAUUACAGAAGAAAAGAGUAAAGUGCCCUUUCCCUGAAACUUGCCUCAUUCUGGUGGUGGUCAGUCCAUUUUUCUGUUCCUUUCUGUAUAUCUUUAGUCCAUGAAUGAGUAUCUUUUGCCCUAUUUGUUUCACAUGCGUUUUAAUGUUUAAACACACUUUUUUUUAAAGAAAGGUUUAGCUGUUAGGUGACUUUUUAGACACUCUAUGGAAAUUCAAUUUGUUCAAGGAAUUUUUAAAAUAUUUUUGUUGGUGGUGUCUCAUUGCUAAAACAAAUUCUUUGGUCUGCUUUUCCUUGUUUUGGAUUAAAGACACCUAAUACAUCAAA